GCGGACACCGUUUACCAAAAGAAAAAAAUUGUUGCUGCAGUCGUUUGAGCCGUGAGAUCGUUAAGCAAAUAAAUACAUAAAUUUUAUUAGCAGUGGACAAAAUGGCAUCUGCCAUGGAACCCAUUGAUCUGCAGCGUUUGGAGGAGGCCGUUGUGGUAUUCUAUCGGUCUAACUCUCAAGAGCAGGCAAUCACCCACGAGUUUUUAACGGAGGCUGAAAAAAGUCCUCUGGCUUGGCGUUGGGCUUGGGAGCUCAUGCAACUAGGCAAGAGUCAGGAAGUGCAAUUUUUCGGAGCCAUAACCUUGCACUCGAAACUAAUGAAGCAUUGGCAUGAGGUGCCCGCUGAAAAUCGCGAGGAGCUGAAACAGAAGAUAUUGGAGACACUUGUUCGGUUCGCCGGUGGACCCAAAAUUGUUUUGAAUCGAUUGUGCAUUGCUUUGGGAGCGUAUAUAGUCCAUAUGAUUAAAGACGAUUGGCCAAAUGCCAUUGAAGAAGUCAUCGAUACUUUCCAACAGCAUCGGAUACCAAAUGUGAGUGUCGAUAUUCAGCUCUGGAUAAUGCUGGAAGUGCUGCAAGCAAUACCAGAAGAGGCUCAAGUGAUACACACCUCGAUAAAGCGGGUUACUCUCCGGGCUGAGAUGGGUAACCGGAUGCCCGUAGUUCUCCAGACUUGUGAGGGAUAUUUGAACGCACAGAUGGGCCGACAUGUUGAAUGGAAAGAUGAUGCCGAAAGCUACAGCAAUAUGAUUCGAGCCGUAAAAUGCGUGGGCACUUGGAUAAAGAACGUUGGCUUCUCAAUCGAAGGUUGUGUUAGCAUUACGGGAGUUCUCUUAGAGGUGGUCAACAAAUGCUAUUGGCCCUGUAUACGGUCAGGCGAUGGAUGCAUGUCGUCAGAUGAGAAUGAACUGGCUGAGACCUGUUUAAAGACCAUGAUCAAUAUCAUAAUUCAACCGGAUUGCCAUAAUUUUCCCAAAACGGCAUUUCUAUUGAUCAAAAUGUUUCUCGACUCUCUAACAGAAAUCACCAAAAUGGAAUGGAAGCGAGAUAAUAACAAUGAGGACAUCAUUGUCCACAUUUACAUGCUCUUUGUCUCAGCUGUUGAGCGUCAUUCAACUUUGUUAUUGAGUGGCGUUACAGCAUCAGAUCCCGAACUUUCGAUAUUAAUGAAUCGUAUGAUUCAGGAGAUACUGAAAUGCACAGAUAAGCCGGGAAUUUAUCCAGUGGAAGAAUCUUGCAGCACCAUGGCUUUGGCUUUUUGGUAUAUGUUGCAGGAUGAGGUAUUUGCCAUGCCCAUUGAAGAUCAGAAGCUAAAAUGCUGGGAGUACAUAAAGCCACUGUACGCACAUUUAACAAGCAUUUUGGUACGAAAAUCUGAGCAACCGGACGAAAAAUCAUUAGAUAAAUGGAGCUCUGAUGAUUUGGAAUGCUUUCGCUGUUAUCGCCAGGAUAUAUCCGAUACCUUUAUGUAUUGCUAUGAUGUGCUACAUGAUUAUAUUCUUGAAAUUUUGGCCGCAAUGCUAGAUGAGGCCAUUGCUGAGUUGCAAACAAAUCCCACCCAAUGGACAAAACUGGAAGCCUGUAUAUUCUCCUUUCAAUCGGUAGCCGAACACUUCAGCGGCGACGAAUCUCGUCAAAUUCCCAGAUUAAUGCGAGUCCUGUCCGAAAUACCAUAUGAAAAACUAAAUGUCAAACUCCUGGGAACCGCCUUGGAAACGGUUGGCUCGUAUUGUUCCUGGCUAAUGGAUAAUCCGGCUUAUAUACCAUCAGCCAUUAAUCUCUUGGUGCGAGGCCUCAACUCCUCCAUGUCAGCUCAGGCUACAUUGGGGCUAAAGGAAUUGUGUCGGGAUUGCCAGUUGCAAUUGAAACCGUAUGCCGAGCCAUUGCUCAAUGCUUGUCACUCGUCUCUUAGUACGGGACGCAUGAAGAAUUCGGACUCAGUACGCCUGAUGUUUAGCAUUGGCAAGUUGAUGAGUUUAUUGCCAGCUGAGGAUAUACCAAAAUAUUUGGAUAUCAUCGUUAGUCCAUGUUUUGAGGAACUACAGGCCAUUUGUCAAGCGGAAUCGAAAACUCCCGCAGCUCGAAUACGUACAAUUUUCCGACUCAAUAUGAUCUCCACUUUGUUCUCAUCCCUCAAUACGGAUGUGGAUGAUGAGCUCAAGGAUGUACAAAAGGUACAACCUGUUCUAUUGGUCAUGCAGAAAACAAUGCCCAUCUUUCGGUCAAUAGCCGAGAUGUGGGUGGAAGAAAUAGAUGUCCUAGAGGCUGCUUGUAGUGCCAUGAAGCACGCCAUUAUGAAUCUGAGAAGCGCAUUCCAACCAAUGCUGCAGGAUUUGUGCUAUUUUAUAGUGGCCAGCUUCCAGACACGAUGCUGUGCUCCGACACUUGAGAUAUCUAAGGCGGCCAUUGUGAUGUUCUAUAAGGAUGAAGGAUGCAAGCAGCUAAUGCAACAGUUGCUACUAGAAUUUAUUCUCCAUAGUUUCAAACUAUUCGAAUCAACACCUGAGCAGAAUUUCUCCAACAUCUCGGAUACCAUGGAGACAUUUUUCGGUUGCUUAUCGCAAAUUAUAAAGAAAAUUCCUCAAACCCUUGAGGACAAGACAUUGGCAUAUGAUCGCCUCAUCUACUAUGCGCAAAGGGCUAUGACAUUACCAGAAAGUGGAGCCAUUCGCACUAGUAUACAGUUUAUAACGAACUUUGUAAUGCAAUCGAGAGAUCAUAGCCAUGUUACCGAAGUGGUUUUAACAUCGGGCGAACAGAUUGUCCAUACGGCGUUGCUCUGUGUGGGAUAUUUAACGCCCCGUUCACAGGUUGAUAAGUUUGCCGAUAUAUUUCUGGCGCUCAAUAAGAAAUAUCCCGCUGAAAUGGCCGUCUGGAUGAAAUCCCUAAUGGCAGUCGCUAAUUUUCCCACACAAUUGAUAAGUCCGGCGGAAAAGACACGUUAUGUUAGCCUAAUUGUCAAGGAAAAGGUCAACAAGCGUCUGUUGCAGCAGCAUCUGAACGAAAUGGCUAUUAAAGCACGCGGCUUGGCCGAAAAGUUGCAGUAAAUGUCUAUUUGUAUAGGAUAUACAUAUAUAUAUAUAUAUAUAUAUAUAUAUGGAUCUACAAGUUUAUUCAAUUGAUGGUGUAAUUAUUCAUUAGUAGUUAAAGUCGAUCUGUACAUGUUCCUUUUUUCCAUCCAAGACACGAUUAUGUAUCCAACUCUUAAUUGGAUGACCGUUUUUUUUUUUUUGUUUGUUUAUUGAUAGUUUUACAAAAAUUACAUUUAUCAUUUACAAUUAUCCUUGCUUUAUAUUAUUAUAUAUAUAUAUAUUUAUUUAUUGUUAUUUGUAUUCUUUCCUUUUUGAUUUUUCACCAUUUCCUGUAUGAAAACGUAAACUCACCUUUAGAUCAUUCAGGUUUUAUUAUUAUCUCCUCUCCUUGUGUCUGUGUAUGUAACUAUAAUGCCAAAAAUUUGUAAAUACAUCAUAUGUGUCUAUUAACUAUCUGAA